CCAGUCACGCUGCGGAGCACCAUUCCUUCCAGGAUCCCCCAGUUCCCGGAAGAUUCGGCCUCCCACGGAGCCGUCACACGCCGGUGUAAGCGCCGCCGCCGGCAGGAACACCCCCGAUCUCGACGGGAGAGCGAUGGCGCUGACCAACUUCAUCGUGACUGUGGCGGUGGUGGGCGCGGGGAUGCUCCUCUUCACCACCGACAUCCGCAGGUCCGGCGCCCUCUUCCGCCGCAACGCGCGCCAGCUCCGGCAGUGGCUCGAGGAGGACACAGCCUCCGCCGCAUCCAAGUCUGCAAAAGAAGCAGCUCCAAAGAAACUUGACUCGACGAUCCCCAAGGAGAAGCCAAAGGAAGACAGUCACUGACUGGAGUUGUUUAUGUGAAUGGUGUGAUAUAAUCUUGUAGUCCUUAAGUAGAUGCACGGUGAAAUUAUGUUUCCAUUUGAACAUAAGGAAAGUAGGCCUCUGUGGAGCAGCUAAACAAUGUUCUUUAUGAUUUCCUUGUGCCUAGCUAAUCUACAUGUUUGCUGGUAAUUUUGGUGUUUGGAUUCCUUAAGCAGACAUAACUGUUUCCUUACAUGAAGCAUGUUUGCUAUCUGCCAUUUUACUUUCAGCAA